UUUUUCUGUAUCAUGAAGAAAUUAACGCAACUGAAUUUAUCUGCAGAAAUUAAUAGCGGCUCGCGAGCGGCCGCUUCGACACGACGGCUUCGAAUCCGAUUCAACUUCUGAGCAUCCGGAUCCGGAAGCUCGGGUACGGGAACGCUGCGAGCAAAUCGAUAAAACAUUUUUUUAGCAUGUGUACAGCCGUGCUUCUGUGGAUGAUGCCGUGAGCAUCCUUUGAGUGAAUCUCUGUGCUGAGGGUGGCACAGUACGUCCACCGCGGUCGGCUGGAAAGUGCGCGCGGCGUCGACAUGGUAUCCCUUCUAUUGUGCGCUCGGGCCUCCGCUGGCCAAGCCUCGUUGAGACAGGGCUAGACCCCCCCCUUUCGGACCAUUGAUUCCGCGCGCCGCGGGCCAGCGCAGUCCGGCUGGUGGUGAGACAAGAGAAGUGCAGUCGGUGUCAGUUGCGUUCGCGAGUCGCCCAGAGCCGUGGCGUGCGGCCGCUCUAGCCGCCGCGACGUCGGCGGCCGCCGUGUUUCGGUCCGCCCUCGAGUCGCUCGGCCCGGACCUGCGCGAUGAAUGCGGCGACGUCGUUCCACUGCCCGCUGCCGCCGCAGGCGCAGCAGCGGCUGCCGCCAGCCGCUGUCGAAGUGGUCGUCGGACACGGCUACGACUGCGGCGCGGACGAGGACGAUUCGGGCAGCGAGGACGACGUGAUCGACGUGCUGUCGGCCGACCACUGCACGGGCGAGCACAGCUACACGAUGCAGAUGCCGGCCAGCAUGCUGCUCGAGGAAGAGCGGAGAGCGUACGAGACGCCCGAACUGGAGGCUGCGCGCCGCCUGGUCGACUGGCUCGGCUCGCCGGCGUGCCGCAAGUACAGCGCGCCGUUCCUCGAUCCCCUGGACAUCGAGCAGCGGCCGGCUUACACGCGUGCCGUGCGCCAGCCCAUGUGUCUGAGCCGGGUGCGCGCCGCCCUGGACGCGCGAGCGUACGCCGGCAUCACCGAGGUAGUGCGCGACAUACGACUCAUCCUGGAGAACUGCUACCGCUUCUACGGACCCCAGCACCACCUGACCAAGAAGGCGCUGAGGCUCGAGACGGUGCUCGAGCAGAAGCUGGCCCUGCUGCCCCGGGAACUGCGUGAAAAGACUUCACUGGAGGCCACCACGUUGGAAAAUCGUGAUGUUGGUGCUCAGAGAGCGGGUCGCCGUGCUCGGCUCACGAGCCAGCUGCCCACGGGUGGCGAGAGUUCGGCACUGCUGCAGCUGGUGAAGGCGGAGAAGGCAGCGCAGGCGCGCGAGGAGCGUCUGAAGCAGCGCGAGGAACGGCGCGUCGAGAAGGAGGUGGCUCAGCAGGCCAUCGUCGACUGGGAGAGCACCACCUUCGGCUCGGGACUGGCCGAACUGUCCCACUGCUGGGAGGUGCCACAGCUGUGCCAAUUCCUGCGGCUGUCCCAGGAGCCCCUGCAGCUGCCUGACGUGUCGAUUGCCGAGGUUGAGCAUUCGUUGUUGAUGCCCCAGAAAAGCUCCUUACUGGCGCUGCUCAUGACCUGCCUGCUGGUCGCGCCACAGCAGAGGCCCAAGACCCUGUUACAGCACCCCAUGCCGUACCGAGUGUGGAACGAGCGGCUUAGGAGUCGGCUCCAGAACUGGUACCGCACCUAUCUGGGAAGUCAGCGUAACUUUAUCAAAGUUUUCGAGGCUCACGGUCUGGAGGAGCAGUUUUUCUCCGUCAUGGGCGAGACGGACCCCAUGGAGAGCAAGGACUUCCACGAGCUGGGCCUGCUGCAGAGGGUGUGGCUGCUCAAGGCCCUCUGCGACCACAAGCUGGGCCAGCAUCGGCGCGUCCAAGAGUGGAUGGCGGAGCAGGAAGCUGACAGCCUGCGAGAGGCGUGCCUGGGUGAGGACCGGGUCGGACGCCGCUACCUGCACUUCCCGUGCCUGGCGGAGCCCAGGUUGUACCGCAUGCUGCUACCUCAGCCGCCUCCGACGCCGGAAAGGGAGCCCAGCCCUCCGCCGCCACCAACACCCAAAACCUCGCAUAAGUCCAAGAAGAAAGGUCGGCAACAGCGGAGUAGUUCCAGGAGAUCCUCCAGACACAGAAAGACAAAAUCUUCGGCAGCGGCAGCGAAGGAAGAGUGCGAGGAGGAAGAGGAGAAGGCGGCUGAGACAGAUGUAGAGGCGAAGCCUGCGGAGACCGAGCCUGCAGAGGUCAAGCCAGAGUCCACGGAGCUGGUGCCACCACCCGCGGAGGCAGAACCAGCGUCCACGGAGGCAACCCCGACAUCAAAGGUUGAAGCAGAUGAUGUGAAGGAGGAGAAACCACCGCCCGAUUUUGAAACUGUGGCGACCAGCGUGGCCGACUUGCGGGCCCUCAUCACCUCCCUCUCGGAGAACAGCACCAGCAGCAGCAGCUGCAGCAAUGCUGAAGACAAGAGGCCAGCUACCAGAAAAGGAGCCGCAGAGGCAGAAAAGGCAGAGGAGAGCACUGAGCGGCUUCUGUUGGAGCAGCUGCGAGUCCUGCUCUCCGAGUGGGAGGCCGAGGAGGCUGCGUUCCAGCAGGCGGACGUGGCCCUGCGCACCCGACUCCACCGCGAGUGGCAUCAGCCGGACACCCAGGAAACCCAUGGUGGCGAGGAUGCCGUGGACUCCUGGACGAUGCACUACAAGGACGAGUGCCUCGACGAAGAUUCUUCUUCCGAGGAAAGCAUGAGCCAGGAGGAGUACAACGACAAUGUUGAAGAUCAGGAGGAGGUCGAAAUGCAAGAAGACGGCAAGGACUACAGCGGGUGGCGUGUGCUGCGGAAGCGCAAGAUCGCAUUGUCACUGCCCAAUGGGCUAACAAACUCAGACGAGGAAGUGGCCGCAAGCCAGUCAUCUGAUCAGCCCGCUGCCCAGCCUUCUAGCCAAGCUAGCAGGGUGUCCUUCUGCCAGGCCUCCACUCAAACUGUUAGUUCUAUUCCACCUCCACAGCGGUCGAUUCCUGUGGUGCCUAAAGAACCAGCUGCAAAGGCGGCUGUGCCACACAUACUGGCCAGGAACUCGUCAUCUGCACUGCUGUCGACUGUGACGCCAAGCUCGACGACGUGGAUACGGCCGUUUGCCAGUGUGAGGAUGCAGGCUGAUCCGCCCAAGCGGCCUACAGACCACCACAAGAGGUCAUCUGACCAGCUUAAACGACCAACGAAGGUGCGCUCACUGCUUGAGGCAGGCAUUACGACUUUUUCGGAGCCUGCCCGUCCAUCCACACCUCAGACAGUCCAGGCCCCUGCUGCCAUGAUGCCAGCGGUCGUACAAGAGCAAGUUGUGAUGCCGGAGGAGACGCAGAGCACAGCAGCAGUACAGGAUGGUGUGGCGGAGGCCCAGAGUUUGCCUCUGGCCAAUGACGUGGUCAUGGAGGAUGUCUGCAGGCAAGACCAAGAGCAGCGCCCCUCGCAGAAGGCUGUCCUGGUGCCAGCAGUGGACAACAGUGGCCAGGAGAUUCUGUUGCACGUGGAGUACACAACCCUUGACGAGGCCAGCCUCGGUAACAACCUCCAGUCGCUACCGCUUCCAACAGCACCACCUGUGGGGCAGGGCUUUCCGGCAGCGACGCCAGCCGCGCAGGCUCUUACUGGUGCACUGUCGGGCAUGCAAAACAUAUCUGCUUCCUCGCCGGUAGUGCAAAACCUUCAGAUGGCACCACCGGUUGUGCAGAAUGUUCCUGUGGUGCAGUCGGUUGUGCAGACGCUGCCCGUGAGCUCAUCCACCGUGAACAUCCCUGCUGUGCCAUCACUUGUACAGACGCUGGCCGUGACUUCGUCUGCCGUAGAUGUCUCUAUGGCAUCAUCCCUGGUGCAAACAAAUCCUGUGACUACGUCCACCAUGGAACUCUCCGUGGUGCCAUCGCUGGUGCAGACGUUCCCCGUGACGUCGUCCGCCGUGCAGCCGAACGUUUCCUACUCAACGUGUGUACAAAAUCACCGGCGAGAGACGUUGCCCCCGCGGCAACGUGUGUACCCGUGGUGGAAGCACUCAAGCUCGCCGACGACCACCAAGACCAAAGAGGUUCCGCCGCUGGCACCCAUCACGACGCCGCGGAAAAUCUUCAAGUCCCGCAACACAGCUGCCGCGUCAAACAACGUGUGCUCCAGCAUGGACGGUGUGGUGGGCACUGUGUCAAGUGCGGUGCACACUGCAAGGGGUGACACAUUUGUGUCAUCGCAACAACAUCAACAACUCAUAGGCUCCAAUGGGUCGCAGCAGCAGCUCGUGUUUGUCGUGCCGCAGAGUCCACCGAAACCGCAGCAGGUGGUUCUACAGCAGCCCGAGGUGCCAGCCGUGUCACAAGACAUGAUCAGUCAGCUUAUUCCCAUGGCACAGGCACAGUCUGCUGAGGAGCCACAACAGGCCACUGCAACGGUGCUUUUGCAGACGACGAUGCCGAACACUAUGCAGACGCCCAUUCUUCUCCUGACUUCCGACGGGCGUCUGCUUCAGGUGGUGCAGCAGCCCAGCUGACCGGGCGUCGUCACUCCGGCAUGUGGCUGCUCAUGGCUGCCGCCCGGCUACUUCCCCAACCACCUGGGAUAGUGCGUGUUGUACAUAGUUGUGUGCCUCGCCAACAGUGCCUCUUGUGGCGGUGUGGACGUGCCGAGUCACUCGUUCUUGCCAUCGCCACUGUUUGAAGCUGUUUCUGAGCCUUGACUCACUGAACGUGCUGACUGCCAACACCAAAAUACAUUGCAAGUGCCCUUGUUAAAGUGCUGUGGUACCGUAUGGAGCAUCUUACACCAGCACACUGUGGGUAGCCGGCAGCCUUCCGAUAGUGGGAUGGAGGGAGGAUGACUCUUGCUUUCACUGUUGCCUCGGCAGGUCGUAGCUUGGUGCUGAGCUCACCAUCGGCAGACAGAAUGGAAGGCCGAGAUUCGGGCUAAUUGCCAAGCGAUUAAACCGUGCAAGAACGGAAGCAUUUGAAAAUAUGGGACCCAGAAAGUACAACAUUUCUUAAUUCACGUUGCUAUGUGUCACUUUACGGUGAAAACACGAGUCCAGGAAUGCACAAAUUUGAGAUCGCAAUGCGUAGUGGCUGUACGUACCAAGCCUUGUCGAUCUAUCUGAAGUGGUUGUUCACUAAUUACAGUCAGUGCAUGGCACUGGUGAGAGGCUGUGUUUGAUAGAGUUUGGCGUAUCGUGAUGGCCAAGCUGGAAUUGAUAGAUUAGUACUUCUAUUUUACUGGCAGCAAGGUGUUCAGUCUGCACGAGCUGUACAAAAAACCACUGCAGAAUGUGUUCCGUGAAGUUCGGUUUUUCAUUGUAAAGCAAAAGUGCCACGGCGAUGCACUGCGAGAUUGAAAAAACCAUCGUGGACAGAAGUAGCUCUCUCAAAUUUGAAAAGUAACCUUUGUAAAAUACUCUUCUCAAUCGUUCGCAACCACUUUCUCCGUGUCCUCAAACUGCUUGCCACCAAGAGCUGGGCAAGGUUCUUAACCGUGUGCGUUUUCUAAUCUCCACAUUGCGUGCCACAACCAGUACGAUUACAAGCCAUGCUGUUAACGUUCAAAACUCAAUCGUGUCUCCAGAAGAUUGCUUCUCCACGCAGCCCUUUGCCUAAGGCACUGCUAAGUGUGCGUGGACUACUUAAGCGCAAUUUUUUUAAGUUAUCAUUGCGUUCAGUUCCUGAACAAAGCACUGUGGAGCAGUAGUGUGGCCUGAUGACAUUGUAAAAUCGUGGAAAACGUAAUUCGUAAUUUUGUUUCCUGCAUGGCUAGAGGGUGGGCACUAAGUGAGCUUGUUGUGCCGGUCAUCAGGAACGCUCGUUUCUGAGAGCUGAUAUGUACUGCUGUUUGAAUGGCGAGAUUUGUGUGCUGGUGGAUGCAAUGGUGUUUGUGCUGCAAGGCUGCUUUCAAGCCAGCCCCACAAAGACGGAGACACGGCACUCAGGAAGCAUGUUUUCUUUUUUCUUGUUUUAUUAUAUAUGUAAAUGUAUAUCUUCGAACCAGUGGCUGAAGGCAAACCAGUGCUUGUGUGUUUGAACCAAAUGUGAGGAAUUGACAGGCUAUCUUGCUGCAUGUGCAUACUGAAGACUGCAAAGCUGUUUGAAUGUGUGUUGGCAUCUGGCCAACACAUUUGUGAAUUAAAGAACUUUUUUGCUGCCCA